AUGUGUUGUGAAGCCGUUGCCUGGGACGCCUCAUUUUACUUUUGCGUUCUUAAGAUGCCUCUCACGCAUGACAAAGUCUGGUCUUUGCUACGAAGGCAAUUCUUGUCGGUAUCCGGAUUCCAUUAUCGUCGAGUUAACUAUAAAGCCACCCUGAACAGUCCGGUGUUUCCUUUUGCAAUUGAGCUUGACCACAAGGUUCGCCUCAUCAAAGAUCCUGAUCAUGGGAAAAUUUCCGAUGCAAAUUUCAUUCUCCACGACGGUCCGCCAUACGCCAACGGUCCAGUUCACUUUGGACACGCGCUAAACAAGAUUCUCAAAGACUUUGUUUUGAGGUUUCAUAAAAUUCAUGGCAAAACGGUUUCUCUUGUCCCUGGCUGGGAUUGUCACGGGCUUCCUAUUGAGCUUACAGUAAUCGGGAAUAAUUUUUCACUCCCUCCUGCUGAUGUUAGGAUAGCUUGUAAGGAUCUCGCGCUCCAACGUGCCAUGACGUGUAUGGCCAAACAAAUGUCCUCGUUUAAAGAUUUUAAUGUUAUUGCCGAUUGGAACAACGCGUAUUCCACACUAGACCAUUCGUAUCAGUCAGCAGUGAUUUCUUCAUUUUAUGAGCUGUAUGCGAAGGGGUUUAUUGUGCGUGAACCGAAGCCUGUCUAUUGGUCUCGUGCUACUCGCUCUGCCAUCUCCGAAUCCGAAUUGGAGUACAACGCAGAUCACGAAAGUCCUUCUGUGUACUUUUUGGUUGAAUUGAACACUCAACCUGCGUGGAUCCCGACACGAUUACGUGGGCAUCCCACUUGGGUGGUUAUUUGGACAACAACACCGUGGACGAUCGCUGCCAACGAAGCAGUGAUUUUCAGCUCAUCUGAAAAGUACGCUCUUUCCAUGGAUGACAUUCCCCUUCACGUAGAUCAUUUCGAAAAUUACGUCUACAAGCACCCCCUGGGGAGGUGUGAUCGACCCUACCGCCUUAUGCCGGGUGAUUUCAUCCAGCGUGAAAAGGGCACCGGUUUUGUGCACUGUGCUCCCUCCCAUGGCAAAGAAGACUUUGACUUCGCCAAGCACCACAAGUUGCCUCUUCGCUCACUUGUAGACAGUGAAACACGAUUUACUGACGAGGCGGGCCGAGACUUAGCUGGUCGCUUUGUGCAGGAUGACGGAAACUCCGCGGUUAUCCACGGCCUCGGGGAUCGGGUUUUGGCCUUGAGCCGAAUUCGCCACAAUUUCCCCUACGAGUGGCGCACCCAACAGCCCGUGAUUAAGCGCCUUUCAGAGCAGUGGUUCGUCAACACGGAGAAGCUCGAGAGCCUCGCAAUGGAGGCCUACGCCGGUGUCGAUGUCUUUCCGCCGGACCGGAAACCGAUGAUGAAUCAGUUCAUUGAAAACCGCCCAUUUUGGUGCAUAUCCAGACAAAGGACUUGGGGCGUUCCGAUUCCAGUGCUUUAUCGCAAGCUCGACAACAGCGCCAUUUGUGCUUGCUCCCUAGUGACUUUAUCGGCCUCAUUGCCGACCGCGUCGGACGCGAGGGCAGUGAAUUCUGGUGGACCGAGUCAAGCACACAACUCAUUCCAGCGUCGUGCCUUGAAAAGGUUCCUUGACAUUUGUGCUGCCUUCACGAACGCACUCCCUCCACGCUCUACUUCAUGGUUUUCUUCUUACCUGCAGUGGAAUCUAACCCCGGACGAUGUCUUGCGAGGAAUGGACAUAUUCGAUGUGUGGUUCGAGUCGGGGCUCUCUUGGAAGGCUGUGCUUCCCGAAAACCGGCAUACUCGACCUCUUCUUUUAAAUGGCUUCCUUCGGUCCACUUUAGGCAUUGCUGAUGUCUACCUGGAAGGUCUUGACCAAUUCCGCGGGUGGUUCUCCUCCUCGCUUCUGCUCUCAACUGCCCUGACCGGAAGGCCGCCGUUUCGAACCAUCGUUGUCCACGGCUUUACAACGGACUCAGAAGGUCGAAAGAUGUCCAAGUCACUGGGCAAUGUGAUCGCGCCCGAGGACAUGCUGCGUAAGUGCAACGGGGAGGUUGAUGUCCUCCGACGUUGGGCAGCUUCUUCUGGCUUAGCGGCCCGAUCCUCCGCUGGGACCAAGUCGUUUGCUGCGCACACCGCCGCCUACAAAAAGCUGCGCAACAUGUUCCGUUUUAUCUUGGGUAAUCUGCACGACCUUCCGGCGGCCGGGUUGGAUUGGUUGGAUCAGCCGCUGCCGCAGGACCUCUCGCUAUUGGAGAAGUGGUGCCUCUGUCUGAUUGGUCGAUUCUGCGAUGACUGUUUCAACACCUUCUAUCCGAAUUACCGCUAUGAAAGCAUUAUUGCCGAGGGCGACCAGUUGGUCUCUCGCCUUUCAACCGUCUACUUUAACGCGAUCAAAGACUCCACUGGGCUGUGUAGCCUCCUCUCUCUCCUUCGCCAUAGGCUCUACUGCGAUCCCCCAGCCAGUGAGCGAAGGCGGAUGAUUCAGAAGACUCUCCUUUACGCAACUGAGGCGCUCAGCGUCUGUUUCGCCCCGAUUCUGCCCAAUUUGGUUGAGGAGGUGGCGUCAUCCCUCCACCGCACCGCGUCCCUGUCCCAUCUGGAGCGAAUGGCCAGUCCGCACCGCGGCGCCGAUUGUUCGACAGGCUCGGCGAUUGUUCGGACGGCGGUUUCGUGGGCCAGUAAUCACGCCGACCUCCUGGACGCGGUAGCGCUUGCGAGCACCCUUCGCCAGGAGAUCGCCUCCCACCAGUACCCCAACGCGGAGACGAGUAGAUCCGCCUGGCCCGGUCCAGCUGCCAACCCCCUCGCCAGACUCCAUGUCACCGUCACCACGGAUUCCGAUGGCGAGUGUCUCGCCAUCCUAAAGCGUCUAAACGAGGAUGUUGACGCCGAAGGCUACUCCACUUUGUGCAAAAUCCUGCGUUGUGUCUCGGUUGAGAUAACCGACGCCACAGCCCGUAGGGGUGAAGCCCUCGCGGUGACAGCCAACGUGGGCACUCAGCGGGUCUCCUGCUUGUUGCGGAUAGCUGAUCACACCGCCCAAUGCCCCCGUUGCCGCCUGUAUAAUUCCUCAAAUGCGUCGCUUUGCCAGCGUUGUGCGAGUCUUGUGCCUAUCUGA